UUGCUCUGCUCCUGAACCAAAACACACUAUCGUCCUACCGCUUUCAUCUUUCUCCUCAGAAUUUUGAACUGUUGAACUAGUCGGUUCUUGUGCUGUAGGUAGAGCCAUGAAACCAUCAGUUCUGCAAUACCUGAAAUUUUUCCUUUUAUUUGCUUUUGGUGAAGUUACCACUGCGCACGUGCCUGACCAAGAUGUGCUUGCAUCCCUCAAUAAACUACCCCUUGAUGGCCAUUUCAGCUUCAGUGACGUGUCUACCACUGCCGCUGCCCAGGACUUUGGAAAUCUCUCUAACUUCAAGCCAGCUGCUGUGCUUCACCCAGGCUCAGUAGAUGACAUUGCCACUACGGUCAGGCAUGUUUUCUUGAGGGGUGAGCACUCAUUGCUCACCGUGGCGGCUCGUGGGCAUGGACACUCACUCCGAGGGCAGUGCCAGGCAGCUGGAGGGAUCGUCAUCAAAAUGGAAUCCCUCCGGACUGCCAGAAUGCAGGUGCACUCUGGUGCAUCGCCCUAUGUUGAUGCCUCAGGAGGAGAACUCUGGAUAAAAGUCUUGCACGAGACAUUUAAGUAUGGUCUGGCACCAAAGUCAUGGACUGAUUAUCUCCACCUCACAAUUGGAGGCACGCUGUCGAAUGCAGGGGUCAGUGGGCAGACGUUCCAGCAUGGCCCACAAAUCAGCAAUGUCAUGGAGCUGGAGAUUGUGACAGGAAGAGGAGACAUCAUCACUUGCUCACCUGAGCAGAACUCUGAUCUCUUCCAUGCUGCUCUAGGUGGACUAGGUCAGUUCGGCAUCAUCACUAGAGCCAGGAUUGCCCUCGAGCCAGCUCCAAAUAUGGUGAGGUGGAUUAGAGUUCUCUAUUCAGACUUCACAAGCUUCACAGAGGACCAGGAGAUGCUUAUUUCGGCAGAAAGGACCUUUGAUUAUAUAGAGGGUUUCGUAAUCAUCAACAGGACAGGCAUCCUGAACAACUGGAGAUCAUCGUUUAACCCACAUGAUCCAGUGUGGAGCCAGUUCGAGUCGGAUGGCAGAGUGCUCUUCUGCCUCGAGAUGACGAAGAACUACAACCCUGAAGAGGUGGACAACAUGGAACAGGAGGUCAACAACCUACUGUAUCAACUUAGAUAUAUACCUCCAUCCCUGUUCCACACAGAUGUCACCUACAUCCAGUUCCUGGAUAGGGUGCAUUCCUCUGAGGUCAAACUGAGAGCUAAGGGGAUGUGGGAAGUCUCACACCCAUGGCUAAAUCUCAUGGUUCCAAAAAGUUCAAUCCACACAUUUGCACGGGAGGUCUUUGGGAAAAUACUGAAAGACAGUAACAAUGGUCCCAUAUUGCUCUAUCCAGUAAACAAAUUCAGGUAAUUAGCCGCUGAUAAAAAAAUUCUGGUAAUUAGAUGAUAUGUGAAACCAGAAACCACACGGUGACGUGCCUUCUGUAGUUUGAUUGACUGACUAUUUCCAUUUCGUGCAGAUGGGACAACAGAACGUCAGUAGUCAUACCAGAUGAGGAAGUUUUCUACCUAGUGGGAUUCCUAUCCUCAGCACCAUCUUCAUCAGGCCCCUACAGCGUCGAACAUACAUUGAACCUCAACAACCAGA